AUGUCGGAAACAGAACCCACCCCCGCGGACCUCGCCGCGCGCGACGCCGAAGAACGCGCCCGCAAGGCCGCCGAGGAGGCUGAGCAGGCCCGGCUCCCCUACAAAUGGACGCAGACCAUCCGCGACGUCGAGGUCACGAUCCCCGUGCCGGGCCACCUGCGCGGCCGCGAUCUGGACGUCGUGCUCACCAAGACUAAGAUCAAGGUGGCGGUGAAGGGGGAGGAGGCUGUUAUUGAGGGCACCUUCCCCCACCCGGUCAUCGUCGACGAAAGCUCGUGGACGCUGGAGACGACGGCGCAUCCGCCGGGCAAGGAGGUGGCCGUGCACCUGGACAAGGUCAACAAGGUGGAGUGGUGGCCGCACGUGGUGACGGGGGCGCCCAAGAUCGACGUCAGCAAGAUCACGCCCGAGUCGUCCUCGCUGAGCGACCUGGACGGCGAGACGCGUGCCAUGGUCGAGAAGAUGAUGUACGACCAGCGGCAGAAGGAGAUGGGCGGGAUGACCAGCGACGAGCAGAAGAAGAUGGAGAUCUUGAAGCAGUUUCAGGCGGAACAUCCUGAGAUGGAUUUCUCGAAGGCGCAGAUUGGUUGA